UUCAGUUCAAGGAAUUUGUUGGCAGAAGUAUAUGCAAACAUGGUGCCUAUUUCCUCCCCUCUGACACCAGUCAUGGGAGAUGGUGGAAAACAGAAAAAAAGGACUGUGGCUUCUAAACCCUUGAGGGUACAGGCUGUUAAGAAGGAUAUCAGACAGAGUCCCAAGAAGGUCAAUCUGGUGGCCAGACUGGUUCGUGGAAUGCAGGUCGAAGAUGCCCUUUUGCAGCUGCAAGUAACUGUAAAAAGAGCUGCAAAGACAGUCUAUCAGGUAAUCCACUCAGCCCGUGCCAAUGCAGCGCAUAAUCAUGGAUUGGACCCUGAUCGUCUCAUUGUUGAUGAAGCCUUUGUUGGAAAAGGGGUUUAUCUGAAGAGGCUGUCAUACCAUGCCAAAGGGAGGAGCGGGAUCAUGGUGAGACCCAAAUGCCGGCUGACAGUGGUGGUGAGGGAGAUCACUCCUGAAGAGGAGGCAAAGAUCGCUAAGCUGAGGGUCAGCAACUUCAAGAAGUUGACAAGGCAGGAGAGGCAGCUUGUUCCUCAUCAGCUUAUUGAGACCACACCAAGGUGGGGCCGGAAACGGAAGGAGGCUGGGACAGCUUGAACAUCCAUUGUGUUGUCUUCUUUUGGUUUGCUUGCGAAAGUCAUUGCCUGUUUUGGUGGGGAACAUUGGAAAUUUUGAAAGAUCAACAAACCUCUGUACAAGCAACUUGGAUUUAGUGACAACCUAGCGGCCCUUGUUAUGCCGAACUUUUUGCAUCACCAUGUCUUUAAUUCUGAAUAGAUCGUCACGAAGUCAAAUUAUACAAGGUUUCGACUUCAAUAUCUUUAUAUAGUUGAUGUCAUGAAUUUGUUGUUUCCACGCUUCGUCACAGACUGUUGUUGCACUGUUCCCUUAAUGCCAUUAACCCAGUUGAUAAA